AUGGCGGCCGACCUGAAAACAUGCGCGACCUUUGGGUUUUUCCGAAAGUUGUUAUUUUCAGAAACAGAUGCGACCCGUGCUGGUAUAGGCCGUAGUGGCACGUAUAUUGCGGUUGACUAUUUGCUACAACAAGCUAAAGCUGAGGGAGUUAUAGAUCUUGUGCAAUGUGCUCAACUGAUGAGAAGUAACAGAGUAAAUAUGAUACAAACAUGGCAACAGUACAGUUUUGUGUAUGAUGCCGUGCUAGAUGCCCUGUUGUCAGGGGAAACAACCAUUCCAAACUCCACAUUCUCAGAAGUGUACGAAGAAAUGUGCACUCUAAAACCUGAAACAUCUUCCACCCUGUUAGAGGACCAGUUUGAUACCCUAGAAAAGUUGUCGCCAAUGAUAGAACGGGAUGAGUGUAAGGCAGCGACAGAUUCAACCAACAUUCAGAAAAGUCGGUUCAAGAACAUUCUUCCCGCCGACAGGUUCCGGCCAAAACUGUUGACACCUGUAGAUGGAUGUAACGAUUUUAUCAAUGCUGUCUUCCUACCGGAGACAUCUUUUUUUUCUCCGACAUCAGAUGUGAAAGCUGCCAGGUUAGAAAGUUGA